AUGCGGCCGGCGGCCGGGCCCGCGCGCUCCGGGCCUACAGCUGCCGUUCCCCGGCGCGAGCUGUUUGUGUUGUGUGUUUUCCACCACCGCCCCCCUCUUCGCGAGCCGUUCCUCGCAGCCCUCCGGUCCCCCUCCCCCGUGCAGACAAAACCCGGACUGGAUUUAUUUCUCCAACCCGCAGCCUCCGAAAAUCGGGUCCCUCCGACCAGUCGGCCCGGCGAGCCGCAGGGGCCCGCGCUAGCCCACGGCAUCUUAUUCCCUUCGAAAGGAGGAUCGACCGGGCUUCUAGAAGUAAGGUUGGCGGUCCAAGUCAGACUUUUGAAGGAAGAGAUUUGCCACAAGUCAUUUGAUGAUCUUUACCGGGCAAGGCUUGACUACUCUUGA